GCGGGCUUCAUUCCAGGCUUACGAAACUUCCCUUGCAAGCUACCGAGGGAGCACUCGCCGCCCCAUUCCUUUUUCUUUGUAUUCAACGGCAGCUCAGAGAGAGAGAGAGAGAGAGAGAGAGAGAAAGGCACACAGCACAGCCGACACUCCCUUCAGUGUGACGGCGUACCCCGCAGACAUUGCGCAAGGUGCUCCCCAGAUCGCCUCGACAUUCUUUCUCCUCCAUCUCGUCCUGUGCGACCCCGACAAACGACUGGUCCCACGGCGAACUCAUCCACCCUUAGCCGCCACUGCGCGUCAACCCCCCCCCCCCCCCCGGGAAAACAGCCCACCAUGCCUUCCACAAGGCGGCUGCGGCUGCUCUUUAUAGGUGUCAUUGCUGCAGUUGUCAUAACCCUUGUCUAUACAUCCCAGCUUAGAGCAUCAGAAGAGGUAGACAGCAGGACAUUCAACGACUUCUGGAAGAAGACAAGAGAGGGCCUCGACAAAGCACAUGGUGAGGGUGCAGCCCAGGCAGUGUCCAAUACAAACAAGGGUACAGGCAGCUCCAAAAGUGAGGAGGAGGACGACGCGCAGCUGGCCAAGGACAUGCGGGCACGCCUGGAGGCUGCUGAGCAGAAGGCAAAGGACUCAGCCAAUGCCAAGGUGAUGAAGCCUGAGAAGCCAGAGCAGGUCAUUGGGGUGGGCAGCUCAGCAGGUGGCCAGAAGAAGCUGUCUGGCGACAAGGCUGGUGGGGAUAGCGCUGGGAACAAGGAGACGGAGGAGGAUCAUCAGGUCGAGACGACCCUCAACGAGAUCCUCAAGAAGUCUCCUGUGAUCAUCUUCUCCAAGACAUAUUGUCAAUACUCCAAGAGGGCCAAGGCUGUAUUGCUUGACAAAUACAACAUCACCCCUGAGCCCUACGUUGUUGAGCUCGACAUACACCCCCUGGGCAAGCAGAUACAAGAGAAGCUGGGCAAAAUGACCAGCCGGACAACCGUACCGAACAUCAUCAUCAAUGGCAUAAGCAUCGGCGGCUCUGAUGACAUCCUCGCCAUGGACCAGAAGGAUGAGCUUGUGGACAAGAUCCGAACACUUGGGUCUGUAGGAGGAAAGAGUCUUGAGGUCAAAGACCGCGUUAAGGAAAUAUGAGUAGUCAAGAAGGCGAAACGCAACACACAAAAAGUCUCUACACUGCUUCAAUGUUUGUCCUCACAACAUGCACUCCUGCAAUCAUUUCUGGUCAAUUUUGUUGUUGUGGCUCCGGGUUUCUCAUGAUUGCAAACAACCCUGUCCGAAUCACAGUCUUCUCUUUCUAUCGUUUAAUGGCAUUUAUCAAUGCCUCUGCAAUACGAACAAGAAUCCUCAG